AUGUCGCAAGACCAACUCUUUGAGAUCCCCCCUGGGGAGACCAUCACUGUCAAAUUGAUCAAUCCGGUGAAUUUCGGUCCUUCGCAUCUCAAACGCUUCAUGACCCCCCAAGUCCCAGGCCUCGAUACUUUUGCCAGUAAUCCAGCAUUCUCAUUCCUGCUUGAGCACACCUCGGGUCGGAAGCUGAUUUUCGACCUCGGAAUUCGCAAGGACUACCAGAACUACGCGCCAAAGAUUGCGAACUAUAUCCCGACCACGGGGUACAAUAUCGAGGUCACCCAUAAUGUCGCCGAUAUUUUGCAGGAGCACGGGAUUCCACUGAAGGAAAUCGAGGCUGUGAUAUGGAGCCACUGGCACUGGGACCACAUCGGCGACCCAUCCACCUUCCCCCCAACAACAAACCUUAUCGUCGGCCCUGGAUUCAAAGAAGCCCUCCUCCCAGGCGCCCCUACAAACCCAGACUCUCCCAUCCUCGAGAGUGACUACACUGGACGCACCCUCCGCGAAAUCACCUUCGAACCCGAUACCCCUCAAACCCUGCAAAUUGGCCAGUUCCCAGCCUUUGAUUACUUCGGCGACGGCUCAUUCUACCUCCUCGACAGCCCAGGCCACGCAAUCGGACACCUAUGCGGGCUCGCACGCACCACAAGGAACCCGGAUACAUUCGUGCUUCUGGGCGGGGAUAUCGCGCACUAUACCGGUAUAUUCCGGCCGUCGAAACACCGUCCCAUCCCGGACUCUAUUGCUGCCAAUGCUGAUGCAUGGGCCGCUUUUAAGUUGGAUGUGGGGUUCUGCCUCGGCAGUGCGUGGGAGGAACUACAGGCUAGCCGGGGACGGCAAAAGGAGGAUAGUCUGUUUGAUCCGACGUUUGGGCAUAAUGUGCCAUUGGCGAUUGAGACGGUAAAGAAGUUGCAAGAGAUUGAUUGUGACGAGGACGUGUUUGUGGUUAUUGCGCAUGACUUUGCGGUGCGCGAUGGGGUGGCGCAUUUCCCGGAAGCGCUGAAUGAGUGGAAGGCGAGGGGGUGGGGGAGACAGUUGAGGUGGGCGUUUUUGAAGCAGUUGGAGGGGUAUUGGAGGGAGAAGGGAUUGAGCAAUAGCUAG